CAUCCUCAUCAUCACCAUCACUUCAUUUACCUGACAUGAGAGUCUCAUUUCCCUGGAGCUCAGCCUGCAUCCUGCACUGAGGACUGAAGCCCUGAACACAGGUCAGAGGUCAAAUCAACUCACAUCGCCACAUCAGAGGCUGAGCCGGUCCCGAUCGACGAUUCAGACGUCAGCUCCACCGCCUCCAAACCACCAGAGUUAGGCUACGACCCCGCCGCUGCUGACCCGCAGGCCGAUCCGACCGCCAACAUGGCCGACACCGACGACAACAAGUACCUCUUCCUGGAAAACGACUUCCGCAACAGCGGCGUGGCCCAGGCCGACUGGGCGGCCAAGAAGAUGGUGUGGGUGCCGUCAGAGAGGGAGGGCUUCGAGCCGGCGAGCAUCAAGGAGGAGAAGGGUGACCAGGUGCUGGUGGAGCUCUCCAAUGGUCAGAAGGUGACGGUGAGCAAAGACGACAUCCAGAAGAUGAACCCGCCCAAAUUCAGCAAGGUGGAGGACAUGGCUGCCCUCACCUUCCUCAACGAAGCCUCCGUCCUGCACAACCUGCGCGAGAGAUACUUCUCCAGCCUGAUCUAUACGUACUCGGGCCUCUUCUGCGUGGUGGUGAAUCCCUACAAGAUGCUGCCCAUCUACUCUGAAAAGAUCAUCGAGAUGUACAAGGGCAAGAAACGCCACGAGGUUCCACCGCACAUCUACUCCAUCACGGACAACGCCUACAGGAACAUGAUGCAGGACCGCGAGGAUCAGUCUAUUCUCUGCACAGGUGAGUCUGGAGCCGGGAAGACAGAAAACACCAAGAAGGUGAUUCAGUACCUCGCCCUCAUCGCCUCCUCACACAAAGGCAAGAACCCCAUCAACCCUGAUUCAGUCGCUGGCGCUGUGGCCAAGCAGCAGCAGGCAGGAUCUUUGGCCUACGGGGAGCUGGAAAAGCAGCUGCUGCAGGCGAACCCAAUCCUGGAGGCCUUCGGAAACGCCAAAACCAUCAAGAACGACAACUCCUCGCGAUUUGGAAAGUUCAUCAAACUCAACUUUGAUGUGACCGGCUACAUCGUCGGGGCGAAUAUCGACACCUACCUGCUGGAGAAGUCUCGCUGUAUUCGACAGGCACACACCGAGAGAGCCUUUCACAUCUUCUACUACAUGGUGGCCGGAGCCAAAGACAAGAUGAGAGAGGAGCUGCUGCUGGAGGACUUCAGCAGCUAUCGUUUCCUGAUAGAGGGUCACGUGGAGAUCCCCGGGCAGGAGGACAACGAGAUGUUUGAUGAAACUCUGGAGGCCAUGGACAUCAUGGGUUUCACUGAGGAGGAGCGAUUAGGCAUGUUGAAGGUGGUGUCCAGUGUGCUCCAGCUGGGCAACAUCAAGUUUGAGAAGGAGAGGAACAGCGAGCAGGCGACGAUGCCCGACAACACCGCCGCACAGAAGGUGUGUCACCUGCAGGGCAUCAACGUGACCGACUUCACCCGCGCCAUCCUCACGCCCAGGAUUAAAGUGGGCAGGGAGGUGGUGCAGAAGGCUCAGACCAAGCAGCAGGCUGAUUUCGCGAUCGAGGCUCUGGCUAAAGCCAUGUACGAGCGUCUGUUUCGCUGGAUCCUCGCUAGAGUCAACAAGACCCUGGACAAGAGUAAGAGGCAGGCGUCGUCCUUCCUCGGCAUCCUGGACAUCGCCGGCUUUGAGAUUUUUGAGGACAACUCAUUCGAGCAGCUCUGCAUCAACUACACCAACGAACGUUUGCAGCAGCUCUUCAACCACACCAUGUUCAUCCUGGAGCAGGAGGAGUACAAGAGGGAGGGCAUCGAGUGGAACUUCAUCGACUUCGGCCUCGACCUGCAGCCCUGCAUCGAGCUCAUCGAGAGGCCGAACAACCCUCCGGGUAUCCUGGCCCUGCUGGACGAGGAGUGCUGGUUCCCCAAAGCCACUGAUAUUUCUUUCGUGGACAAGCUGCUGAACACCCACACCGGUCACGUUAAAUUCUCCAAACCCAAACAGCACAAAGACAAACUGAUGUUCACUGUACUGCACUACGCUGGAAAGGUUGACUAUAAUGCAGCCAACUGGUUGACAAAGAACAUGGACCCUCUGAAUGACAACGUAACAGCUCUGCUCAACAACUCCUCCAGUGCCUUCAUUCAGGAUCUGUGGAAAGACGUGGAUCGAGUUGUAGGUCUGGAGACCAUGACCAAGAUGUCUGAGAGCUCAGUGCCCAGUUCCACCAAAUCCAAGAAGGGCAUGUUUCGCACGGUGGGUCAGCUGUACAAAGAGUCUUUGGGCAAACUGAUGACCACGUUACACAACACCCAGCCCAACUUUGUCCGCUGCAUCAUUCCAAACCACGAGAAGCGGGCUGGAAAGAUGGAUUCCAACCUGGUGCUGGAGCAGCUGAGGUGUAACGGAGUGUUGGAGGGGAUUCGAAUCUGCAGGCAGGGAUUUCCAAACCGGAUUGUGUUCCAGGAGUUCAGGCAGAGGUAUGAGAUCCUGGCUGCCACCGCCAUCCCUAAAGGCUUCAUGGAUGGAAAACAGGCCUGCAAUUUAAUGGUAAAGCACCUGGAUCUGGACCCUAACUUGUAUCGUAUCGGUCAAAGCAAAAUGUUCUUCAGGACGGGAGUUUUGGCUCAGCUGGAAGAGGAGCGAGACCUCAAACUGACCGUCGUCAUCAUCGCCUUCCAGGCACAAGCAAGAGGCUUCCUGGGCCGCAAGGCUUUCAGCAAACGUCAGCAGCAGCUCACCGCUAUGAAGGUCAUCCAGAGGAACUGCGCCUGCUACCUCAAGCUCAAGAACUGGCAGUGGUGGAGGCUUUUCACUAAGGUCAAGCCGCUGCUGCAGGUGACCAGACAAGAGGAGGAGAUGGGUCAGAAAGAGGAGGAGCUGAAGACCGCCAAAGAGGUGGCUGCCAAAACUGAGGCUGAACUGAAGGACAUCACCCAGAAGCACACCCAGCUGAUGGAGGAGCGGGCGCAGCUGGAGUUGAAGCUUCAGGCGGAGACGGAGCUGUGCGCUGAGGCAGAGGAGAUGAGGGUGCGACUGGAGGCCAAGAAGCAGGAGCUGGAGGAGGUGCUGCAUGAGAUGGAGGCCCGGCUGGAGGAAGAGGAGGACCGCAGUAACGCCCUGCAGCAGGAGAAGAAGGAGAUGGAGCAGCAGCUACAGCUGAUGGAGGCCCACAUAGCACAGGAAGAAGACGCCAAGCAGAAGCUGCAGCUGGAGAAAGCAGCUGUGGAGGGAAAGGUGAAGAAGCUGGAGGAGGACAUUCUGCUGAUGGAGGACCAGAACAACAAGCUGCAGAAGGAGCGAAAGCUGCUGGAGGAGAGGAUGGCUGACAUGAGCUCCAACCUGGCCGAGGAGGAGGAGAAGUCUAAGAAUCUAACCAAACUCAAGGCCAAGCACGAGUCCAUGAUCUCUGACCUCGAAGUGCGUCUGAAGAAGGAAGAGAAGAGUCGCCAGGAUGUGGAAAAAGCGAAGAGGAAGGUGGAGGCGGAGCUUGCUGAACUGCAUGAGCAGCAUGCCGACCUGCAGGCGCAGUUAGCUGAGCUGCGGGCCCAGCUCGCUGCCAAGGAGGAGGAGCUGCAGGCCACACAGGCGCGCCUGGAGGAGGAGAGCAGUCAGCGUGGGGCGGCGGUGAAACGCAUUCGGGAGCUGGAGGCUUUGCUUUCAGAGCUGCAGGAAGACUUGGAGGCUGAAAGGGCAGCGAGAGGGAAGGCUGAGGCAGCACGACGGGACCUCGGGGAGGAGCUUAAUGCUCUACGUACUGAGCUGGAGGACAGUCUGGACACGACUGCUGCCCAGCAGGAAUUACGGGCGAAACGUGAGCAGGAAGUGGCCAUGUUGAAGAGAGCCAUGGAGGACGAGGGGCGGAGCCAUGAGGCCCAAAUCCAGGAACUGAGACAGAAACACAGUCAGGCUGUGGAGGAGCUGAAUGAGCAGCUGGAGCAGGCCAAGCGGGUAAGAGCCGGUCUUGAGAAAGCCAAGCAAGGUCUGGAGAAGGAGUCGGCAGACCUGAGUGCUGACCUGCGUUCCCUCACCAGCGCCAAACAGGACGUUGAGCACAAAAAGAAGAAGUUGGAGGGUCAGUUGAACGAUCUAAAUUCUCGCUUCAAUGAGAGCGAGCGGCAGAAGAACGAGCUGUCAGAGCGAGUCUCAAAGAUGACGUUGGAGCUGGACAGCGUGACGGGUCUGCUGAACGAGGCCGAGGGAAAGAACAUCAAGCUGAGUAAAGACGUCUCCAGCCUGUCCUCUCAGCUGCACGACGCACAGGAGUUGCUGUCAGAGGAGACGCGUCAGAAGCUGAAUCUGUCUGGGCGUCUGCGUCAGAUGGAGGACGACAGGAACAGCCUCAUGGAGCAGCUGGAGGAGGAGACCGAGGCCAAACGGGCCGUGGAGAGGCAGGUGUCCAGCCUCAACAUACAGCUGUCCGACUACAAGAAGAAGCUGGACGAGAUGUCGGGGAUGGUGGAGCUGCUGGAGGAAGGGAAGAAGCGUCUGCAGCGUGAGCUGGAGGCGACCAACACAGAGUACGAGGAGAAGGCCUCCGCCUACGACAAGCUGGAGAAGAGCCGAAGCCGGCUGCAGCAGGAGCUGGAGGACGUCCUCAUGGACCUGGACAGCCAGCGGCAGCUCGUCUCCAACCUGGAGAAGAAGCAGAAGAAGUUCGAUCAGAUGCUGGCCGAGGAGCGCACUGUGUCCUGUAAGUAUGCAGAGGAGCGGGAUCGAGCGGAGGCGGAGGUGCGGGACAAGGAGACAAAGGUGCUGGCUCUUACCCGAGGGCUGGAAGAAAGCCACGAGGCUCUGGAGGAGGCGGAGAAGACGGUGAAGGCGCUCCGAGUCGAGAUGGAAGAUCUCAUCAGCUCCAAGGACGACGUGGGAAAGAAUGUGCAUGACCUGGAGAAGGCGAAGCGCGGUCUGGAGGCCAUCGUGGAGGAGAUGAGGACGCAGAUGGAGGAGCUGGAGGACGAGCUCCAGGUGGCCGAGGAUGCCAAGCUGCGUCUGGAGGUCAACAGUCAGGCUCUGAAAGCUCAGCACGAGAGGGAGCUGCAGGCCCGCGACGAGCUCGGAGAGGAGAAGAGGAAGCAGCUCCUCAAACAGGUCCGAGAGCUAGAGUCGGAGCUGGAGGAGGAGAGGAAGCAGCGAAGUCAGGCUUCAGCCGGGAAGAAGAAGCUGGAGGGGGAGCUGAAGGACAUGGAGGAUCAGCUGGAGGCCACCAGCAGGGGGCGUGACGAGGCGCUCAAACAGCUCCGCAAAAUCCAGGGCCAGGUGAAGGAUCUCCAGAGGGAGCUGGAGGACUCCCGUGCAGCCCAGAAGGAGGUCCUUGCCUCAGCCAGAGAGUCUGAGCGCAAGUCCAAGGCCAUGGAGGCCGACAUCAUGCAUCUGAAUGAGGCGUUGGCAGCUGCUGAGAGAGCUCGUAAGCAGGCGGAGACGGAGAGAGACGAGCUGUCCGAGGAAAUGGCCAGUAACUCAUCUGGAAAGUCACUGCUGUCCGAUGAAAAACGUCGUCUGGAGACUAAGAUCAGCCAGUUGGAGGAGGAGCUGGAGGAGGAGCAGGCCAACAUGGAGAGCCUCAACGACCGGCUGAGGAAGAGCCAGCAGCUGGUGGAUCAGCUCGGAGCGGAGCUGGCCACAGAGAGGUCUUCUGCUCAGAGCAGGGAGGGAUCCAGGCAGCAGCUGGAGAGGCAGAACCGAGAGCUGAAGGCCAAGCUGCAGGAGCUGGGGGACCAGGGCCGCUCCAAACUCAAGUCCUCCAUCACUGCUCUGGAGGCCAAACUCCGAGAGGCCGAGGAGCAGCUGGAGGUGGAGAGCAGAGAGCGGCAGGCCAACGCUAAGAAUCUGCGCCAGAAAGAGAAGAAACUGAAAGAUUUAACGAUCCAGAUGGAGGACGAGAGGAAGCAGGCGCAGCAGUACAGAGAUCAGGUGGAGAAGAGCAACGUGCGGGUGAAGCAGCUGAAGCAUCAGCUGGAGGAAGCGGAGGAGGAGGCGCAGCGCGUGGUGGCGGCCCGCAGGAAGCUGCAGAGGGAGCUGGAUGAGGCGACAGAGUCCAACGACGCCCUGAACAGAGAGGUGGCUUCGCUCAGGAGCAAACUCAGGCGUGGCGGCGGCGGUGCUGGCGGGGAGGUGUUGUACAGCAGCUCCACUCCUCGGAGCAGCGGCAGCAUGAGGAGCUUGGGGCUUGGAGGGAGCAUCAACCGGAGGAGCAACAUCAAAGAGAACUCGGUGGAGCUGCACGAGGAAGAGUCUCCCUCACCUUCCUCACCCGCCCGCACCCCACCUCUGGAGCCCCGUGCUGAGGUCUACACCUGCUCCCCCAACGAGUAGACGGCCAGGAGCGGAUAAAAAGUGUUUUAGGAAACAACCAAGCUUAGAGUCACAGGAGGAGCUGGAUAUUUAAUCAAUACUAAGGAUUUAUGUUUGAAUUAAAUACAGUUUUGUUUUUAAGUUAUUCCAAACACAGAGACAACAUGUGGACAGACCACAUUUAUCUCCAACAAAACAAAAAAAUGAUGUCAUUUAUUAGCCUGAAGCUACAAUUUAAUGUCCCAAAUAUUAGUGCAAGUAUUUAAUACUUCAUCCAUACAAUUCUACCAACCUGUUACUCUGAUCAUUUAUUUAUUUAUUAAAUUAUUUCUGACACUAAAAGUCAGUAAAAUGUUAUUUUAUGACCAAAACCUCUCCAAAAUGUUCCACUUUCACCUCCUCAGUGUGAGAAUUUGUUGUUUUUCUGUCACAUCUGAGAACAUUUUAAAGCCUCUGUGCCUACGCUUUCACAUUUUAUACAUAAUAAUCUGUUACUACAGGAAAUAAUCUGUGAGAUUUGAGACCAAUUUAUUUAAUUUAUGAUUCUUUGUGGAUGAAUUUCCCUUCUUCUGUUGUUCCAUAAAUAUGCACAUAUCUCCAAUUAUUAUUUUAAAAAACAUUUUCUGCUGCUUGAAAUAUUCACCUGUUUGGUUUCAGCUUCUUUUAAAUGAUGUUUCAGGUUUUUAUGUGAAAUGUCCAAGUAAGGACAUUUUACCCCUGCAAAUACAUGUAAAACAUCACAGUAAGGUUCCUAAAUUCACCCAGAAACUCCUAAAGCCGAUUUUUAUGAGUUUGUUUCAGUCUUUAAGAUUUUGGGUCCUAUUAUCCCCCCAAAGCUGCAGCUCCAUUAGUCCCUCCAGUCCACUGCCGCUCUAAUUUAUAGAAAUAUAGAAAUUAAUUUCACUGAAUAGGUAAAAUUUAAUUGGCAUCUUAUUUUCAAAAAACCUCCCACCACAUGCUGGAGUUAAAACAACAUGAACACCACAGGGCCAGAGGUCCACAAAUAUCUGCAGCUUUGCAUCUGAGCCUGUUCAUCCCUUUCCUGACAGCAGCUCCACGGGAGAGAAUUAGACGUGCUGGAGAAGAAUUAUUAAUAAUUAACUGGUGGAAAACAUUUAAAUCUUCGAACUGUUCCAGCAGUCUACGCUCAUGUAGGGCUUCUAAUAAUGAGAUGAUUAUGUACAUGAAUCCCUGUGAGCCCAGAGCUCCGGCUUUGCUCUAAACACUGUUUAUCACAGUUUGCUCAUCUCAGGCACAGAAGCCACACACACCUGCUGAUGGGCAGCCAAUCAGAAGAAAGGUGGACAAAUGGGAUAGGAAUCAUGCAAAGCUCCUCAGGUGGAGUCUAAGAAUCAUAACGUGGAGACAGACAUAAGCAGGAUGUGUCUACAGUGCAACACUGCGGCAGUUUUUGGACCAACAAAGAAGCUUUAAGAUAAAUUAAUUAGCUCAAUAGUUCUCCUUUAAAGUGCUGUUAGGGGCAUUCCUAACCAGCAGAUGGCAGCAUCACCCUUUAAUAAAGGUCUACUCAGCCAAUCAGAUACAGUGAAACUGCACAAACCCAAAAACCAAGCCUAGCAGAGUUUUGGAAUACCUUCAUUUUCAUUUACGGUAAACUGUGUUCUAAACUGUACAACAGGUGGAUAAAAGCACAGUUUUUAAAACCAUCCCCGUACCUGUGGGGAGGAUCCUGGCUUCACAAUGUCAAACUGAAUAAAGUGAGGUUCAGACAACAGCUCCAAUCCUGCUGUCACACUUUAACUGUCUGCGCUGCUUUAACACACAGGAGGAAUUUAGGAUGCAGACUUUAGAUGAGCGUUUGCAGCUUUUGUGACAUAAACUGCAAGUUUUGUGGACUGUUAUUAAGCUAAGUAACUCAUAUAUAAGAAGUCGGCCUUGCUCGCCUCAGUUUGUGUUGUCAGUGUGAUUUUCCUGUAAAAUUAGUACCUGUGGAUCUUUUCUUUUUUCUAAACAACCUUCUGGCUUUGCUGGGAUGCAGGAGAUUAUAUCUAACUCUUCAGUGCACAAACCGAGGCGAUCCUUUCUGGACUUCUUUGAGGGUUUCAGGAAUAUUUAGAGAAAAUCUGUAUGUAUCCCAAUGGUUCCACAUUAAUUCCUGACGCAUUUGGUUUUAAAUCUCACAGAUACGAACGCCAAGGCUCAGAGUCCCCCACACUUGGUGAAGGGUGAAGCAGGAGUCUGUGCUCUGUAAACCACAGAAAUGAUGUUAAACUGAAACCAAACCCUUACAGAUGUUUUCUGUUUGCACUUCCUGCGAUAAAUAAAAAAGAAAAAGGACAAUCCUUCCAUGCGUUUCAAGUUUUAUUGCUUUUUCAGAAGCAGUGCUGAAGGUAAAAAAACAAAGGCCAGAACAGGUCUUCAGCACUUCAUGUGAGCAUGCAAGCACUUUAUUUUACAGAGUCACAUAAGGCAAAAGAAAAACACCAGAGCCUGUUGCUUUACACCCACCCUGAGCAGCUACUUAUAACAAGUCCUGCCUCAAGACUUGAGCAACCCAACCUACACAUCCUCAUCCUACAUUUUAGUGACCCUACAGUGAGUAGAUAACACUACGACAUACUUUUUUUUAACAUAAAACACAAGUAGCCUUCACUGAAGUAUUCGAAUCUCCUCAGAAACAGAAGAUGUUCCAGAUUUCACUCCUGGAAAGAGAAGUAGCCCUGCAGAGGGAUCUAACAAACGUCUCCACAGACUAAAAAGUGCCUAAACUACCUGCCUGCCACACAGAUCUCACAAACCUCCAUUAGAAUCAUCUAACAUCUACACAAGUUAACUAUAACAUCAAACGGACGGAACAAACAGUUUUCUAAGCAUAAAAGCUCAUCUGAAAUAUCCUGAGGGUCGUCAGAGGUACUUUUUGUAACUACCGUCUGCACUCUUUCACCAGCAGGGGGCAGUGUUUCACCAGAUGUUGCGGCUGUUUCCCAGACCUGCUGCACUCUAUCCUGGUACAAUUUGGGCAUAAAUUUAUAGCAGUUAUUCACAUUCUGUCAGUAGCUUUGGUUCAUUUUGGAAGGUUAAUAAGUAGAUUUUUUUUUAAUGCAGGAAUUUACAAUAAGUUAUAAAGGCUCACCCUGUUAGAGGCAUUAAUGUUACCUGUAAAUUUCAUGUCGAUCUGGUGAUUUAAGUGAGACAUUUUAAGUAUAAACUUUGGUCUGAAGGGAAGUCUCCAGAAUCAUUAGCAAUCAUCAUCCGGGAACGAUGAAUAUCCACGGCUAAUCUUUCCUAAAGUUUCCAC